AUGACACAAUCAUCACGCAACGACGGAGCAUCAUCGGCGUCAGUAAGGACCAUCUACUCGCAAGUCAUCGGCACUCCGGGAAUUUUCGAUCAAGAGACGAAUGUAAAGAUAUAUUUCGCUCGGCUAAAGAACUUUUUCGCCGCCAACGGCAUCACGGAGGAGAGUAAGAAGAGGGCAAUUUUGCUAUCCUCGAUUUCGGAGGAAGUGCAUAAAAUUCUGUUCAGUCUGUGUUUACCCGAGGACCCCGACGGUAAGACUUUUGAGUCGUUAUCGGUCAUACUGCAAAAUCACUAUGAGGCAAAAAAAUCGUAUUUUGCCGCCCGCCACCAGUUUUACCUAGCUCGUAAAAACCACGAUGAAAGUAUGGUCCAGUGGGGCGCUCGCGUACGCGAACUUGCGUCUAAAUGCGGUUUUGGGCCAGAGCUGGAGGUAGUAGUGCGGGACGUAUUCGUUGUUGGAAUGGGAUCCGGCAAGAUCCAGGAUCGUUUACUGGAAGAGGAUGCGUCAGUAGCAUCAACCACGCUGGUUAAGCUGAUGGAGGUGGCGACCACGAAGGAGGCAAACAUCAACGCGAGUAAAGAGUGGUCAAGGGAAACGACCAGUGCGCUCCACUUCACCAAACAGAAAGGGAGUCAAGUAUACACGACACCGAAGCGAAAUGGAGUUAAGCGGUCAAGUGGACAUCACCAGAAUGCGGCCACGAGUAACCAAGCCAACAGGAAAGGGAAGUGCCAAGUAUGCGGCCGUUCCAACCACGACACCGGAUCAUGCAGGUUUAAAAAUUAUUCUUGUCAUGGGUGCGGGGUAGUAGGUCAUUUGGCCCCUAUGUGCAAAGCUAGGGGUACACAAAAUAAAGGUACUAAGUAUAAGGCGCAAAAUAAGUUUUUAACGGUAAAGGAGCGGUCAGGCGAUCACGAUUCUUGCGUAGAUUUCAUCGAUUCUUUUUUUGCACUUAAUGAUAUUUCCCACGAUAAGCUUAAAGUAGCCCCGUAUCGAAUUAGUUUAGCUGUCGAAGGUAAACCUAUAACCUUUGAAAUUGAUACCGGUUCUGUGCACAGUAUUAUUUCCGAAUCGAUGUUUAAAUCAUUAAUAGGUCCGAAGGUUAUUGUCACUAACGACGUCGAGUUGCCAGAUUACGUCGGCAAUAGAAUCACACCGAUAGGUAAAGUCGCGCUCACCGUCACGUAUAACAAUAAAACAGCCGACAUAUGGGUGUAUAUUGUUCAAAACGGGGGACCACCGUUACUCGGUAGAAAUGAUUUAUCAACGCUCGGUAUUAAUAACGUGUUAAACUUAAAGUGUAAUUUUACCGGCGCAGAGGAUAGCGUUGAAACGGUUUUAAAAAAGUAUCCAAACGUGUUCAGUGAGGAGCUGGGGACUUUUAAUGGAUACAAAAUAUCACUAAAAGUAAAACCGGGGAUCACGCCAAAGUUUUUUAAACAUCGUCCAGUUCCUUUAGCAUUAAGGGGAAAAGUUGAGACCGAGAUAGAUCGACUGUUGUCUAUCAACGCUCUGAUACCCGUCGACCACAGUGAAUGGGCAACUCCCGUAGUUCCAAUAUUGAAAAGGGGCGGUAGUGUCAGGCUGUGCGGAGACUUUAAAAUUACCAUAAAUCCCAUCUUCGUCGCCAAUUUGUUGUAUACUUAA